GAGUGGAUCUAAAAAACUCAGAAUAUUUAUGAGGAUCCUGUCUAGCUACAUUAAAAGUUAAAAAGUUGCACAAAAAAUCGAGUUCGUGCAGAAAAAUGGAAUAUUAACCCAAAGCAAAUAUGUAUACGAACUGUAUUUUUACUGAUUGAGAAACUGGUUUUUAAAUUGACAAAAUGAAAACUAUCUCAUCUCUUGGGCUGCUGAAACAUUCUGUGCAUUGCGUUAAAUCGCCCAUUAAAAGUCUUUUUAAAUCAAAUAGUUCAUGGCAAGCUCUAGAAGAGAAAUUUUACAAUGAUUUUUGCAGCCAGGAGAUUCCUAAACAAGCUCAAGUCGUAAUUUGUGGUGGCGGUCUUGUUGGAAAUAGUGUUGCAUAUCAUUUAGCUCGGGACUUCGAAUGGAAAGAUGUGGUUAUUUUGGAGCAAAGUAGAUUAGGUGGAGGUACAAUAAAAUUUGGUGCUGGACUUUUAGGGCAAAUAAAACCAACAACAAUUGAAACUAAACUCUGCCAAUAUAGCAUUGAAUUGUAUAAAGCACUUGGAAAAAAAGGACUAAGCACUGGAUGGAAAGAAUGUGGCAGCCUUUCACUGGCUAGGACUACUGACCGCAUGACUUAUUUUCGGCACAUAGCAGCUUCUGCUGUGGCCAGAAACAUAGAAUGUCAAAUACUAUCUCCUAAAGAAGCACGAGAAAAGUGCCCAAUCAUUAGCACAGAAAUGUUAAAGGGUGCUUUAUGGAUACCGGGCGAUGGUUCUGGUGACCCGUUUGAUGCUACUCUCACUUUUGCUUCCGAAGCUGCUGGUUUAGGUGUAAAAUUUGUAGAAAACUGUUCUGUACAGCGUGUUAUAACUGAUGACAAGCACCAGGUUAAAGGAGUUGAAACGAACAAAGGCCUUAUUACAUGUGAAUAUUUUGUAAAUAGUGGUGGUCAUUGGGCCAACCAUAUUGGAAGAAUGAGCUAUCCUAGGGUAAAAGUCCCUCUUUAUCCUUGUGAACACCAGUAUCUUCAAACAAUGCCUGUAGAAGGCAUUGAUCCUAUGUUGCCAGUAAUUCGAGACUAUGAUGGUCAUUUUUAUGUGAGAGAAAAAAAUGGUGGCUAUUUGGCUGGUGGCUUUGAACCUGUGUCAAAACCUUUAGAUGUGAAAGAAACGGAAAGUCCUUCUACAUUCAAACCCCUUCCUGAAGAUUGGGAUCAAUUUCAUACAUUACUAGAACAAAUGCUGUUUAGAAUACCUUCACUUGGGCAAGUAGAAGUUGAUUGCCUAAAUAAUGGCCCUGAAAGUUUUAGUCCUGAUUGCAAAUUAUUGGUUGGUGAAGCACCUGAGGUGAAAAAUUAUUUUGUUGCCACUGGAAUGAAAGCUACUGGCAUGGAAGCUGCUGGUGGAGUUGGAAAAAUAACAGCAGACUGGAUAGUCAAUGGCGAACCAAAGAUGGACCUCUGGGACGUUGACAUACGACGAUUUCUUGGUCUUCACAAUAAUAGGCUGUUUUUAAGAGACCGGAUGGUUGAAGUUCCUGGAAUGCAUUAUAAGGUUAAAUAUCCUAACAUGGAAUUCAGCACUGGGCGAAAUAUUCGAAUGUCUCCGAUUUACCCCCGUCUGAAAGCUGCUGGAGCUGUCUUUAGUCAAUCGAUGGGAUACGAGAGACCGUGUUAUUUUCGAACAGAUUUAGUUGACAAAGAAGGAAUAGAAAAUGAGGUUGAAGUUGAAAAACCCACAUUUUUUAAGCCCUCGUGGUUUGAUUAUUUGGAAUCAGAAUAUAUGGCUUGUCGCCGAAAAGUUGCUUUACUAGAUUAUUCAUCAUUUACAAAACUGGAAGUUUGGUCUCCUGGUAGAGAAGCUUUGGAUCUUUUGCAGUACCUCUGUUCAAACAAUGUAGACAUUCCCAAAAAUGCCAUGGUUCAUACAGGAAUGCAAAAUAAGCACGGAGGUUAUGAAAAUGAUUGUAGUGUAGCAAGAAUGGAUUACAAUAGGUUCAUGAUAAUUGCACCCACUAUUCAGCAAACUCGUUGUCAGUCAUGGAUAAAACGAAAUUUGCCUCCUGAAAGUCCUGUAUUGUUGACUGAUAUCACCUCUCUUUAUACUGCUAUAUGUCUGAUGGGACCCCUGGCUCAAAGCUUGUUAUCGGACAUCACAGACAGCUCUGUUUCUUACAAAGAAUUUCAUUUUUUCACUUGUAAGGAACUAAAUAUAGGACUGGCAAACAACAUCAAAACUUUUCACCAGACUCAUACUGGAGAAUUAGGCUAUGUGCUGUACAUUCCUAAUGAAUAUGCUCUUCAUGUGUAUGACGAACUAAUGGAAAAAGGCAAAAAGUAUGGAAUUCAACAUGCUGGAUAUUAUGCUCCUCGGGCACUGAGGAUCGAAAAAUUCUUUGCUUUCUGGGCACAGGAUCUUGACACCACAACUACUCCUUUUGAAUGUGGCAGAGUAUAUCGAGUGAAUUUUGAGAAAAAUGACUUCAUGGGUAAAGAAGCAUUAAUGAAACAAAAACAGGAAGGAAUUAAAAGACGUUAUAUUCAGCUGGUACUAGAAGAUCAUGACAUAGAGCAAGACAUUUGGCCAUGGGGUUCUGAACCAAUAUAUGUCAAUGGAAAGUUUGCUGGACUUACAACAAAUGCAGGUUAUGGAUUUACAUUGAAAAAGAUGAUAUGCCUUGGAUACAUUAAAAACAUCGAUGAAAAUGGAGAGCCACAAGUGAUAACCAAUGAUUUUAUUCUAAAAAGCAGUUUCGAAGUGGAUAUCUGUGGAAGGAAAUUUCCAGCCAAAGUCAACAUUCAUUCGCCUAAUUUGUCACAAGGAUUUGAAUAUGUUAUCGACUCCAAUGGUUACAUAGCAACCCAAUUUAGUUCAUGAAUUGAGACAUGUUUCAGUGCUGUGAUUCAUUUUUGUAUUAUAGAGUUAAGUUUUGUUAAAUUUUAAUGUAAUUUAAUAUGUUAAGAAAAAAUGUUAAGUUUUAAAAAAUUGCUUGACUUUGUGUUUCAAAUUCUUUUACCAUUUCUGUACCUCAAAGCCAGACUAGUUCAAGUCCAAAAAUUGUGAUUUUCAGUUUAUUAGUGCAUUGUACGUAGAAUCCUAUUCCCUAAACCUUGAUAUCUCAAACCUUUGAUGUCUCGAAAAAUAAAUUCCCCCUGUAUUUUAUAUAAAAGCUCUUUAUGUAU